ACCAUUGCACAAGCGAGUGUGUCACAAGCCGGCAGAGGGGAAAGGUGCAUUGCUUCACAUGUUUCGUGUGGUGAACUCCCAGUGACUUCGACGGCAAUUGGGGAAGUCUCAUAUUCAUGAGACUGAGGAGGAGAGGACUAUUUUUACGUGCUAUUUUUGCAGCUCGAGUGGUCUAAAAACUGCUAAAUUCUCCUUCCAAAGACAGACAGCCUAGCUUUCAGGAAUCACUUUGCUUGCUGAUCCUCCUCCCCUUGGGGCUUUAAGAGAGAUAUUAGAAGAUGGAAGAUGAAGAAGGAUACAUGGCAGUAGAUGAAAGAAGCAGAAAAAUCUACACGCUACCUGUUCCCCCAAAGGCACAAGAAUCUCCUUCAAAAUGCUGCAACAUCAUGCUGAUGGUCUUACUGGUAGUCAGCAUCGCACUGAACGUGGCCCUGAUCGUUGUUCUUAUAGUUUUCCAGAUAAAAAACAUGGAAGGCGGUUCCUGCCUCCGGACUUUGCCCAAUUCGUGUGACUCGCUCCCAGGAAGUCCAGCAGCCCGUGUGACUCUGGAUCCAGACACGGCCCACCGGCGGCUGGUGGUGUCCAAGGACGAGAAAAGUGUGCGGUGGGGAGAGGUGGAGCAGACCUUUCCCAAGAGCGCCAAGAGAUUUAACCAGCGCGCUUUUGUGCUGGGCAGGCAGGGAUUCGCUUCAGGGAAACACUGCUGGGAGGUUGGCGUGAAGGGCAAGGGGGAAUGGGCAGUAGGGGUGGCCAAGGAGUCUGUGAAGAGAGAAGGGCCGACAGGCUUCAGCCCCGCUGCAGGCAUCUGGGGGAUAGGAGAAUACGAGGGACUCGGUAACUACAUAGCUUUCACCUCCCCACAACACACACGGCUCUCCCUUGGCAGGAGGCCACAGAAGAUUCGUGUGUUUUUGGACUACACUGCAGGGCAGGUGGAUUUUUUCGAUCCGGAAACCCAGACCACAAUCUACACGUUCAGUUCAGUCAAGUUUAGUGGGGGAAAGGUUCUCCCUUGGUUCCGUGUGUGGGAUGGAACUGAGCUUAUUGUGCGUCCCUGAGACACUGGACUCCACACAAAAGGGUUCUGGAGCAUCCUAGACUCUGUGAUGCCGGAACACCCGCCUGAUCUCUCUCGAUGGCACCUUUCCUGUGUUUUCACUCAGCUUUUACUUGUUUUUAAACAAGAUCUAUAUUAUUUUUCAAUGUAUGGCUUUAACAUCUUGGGUAUUUGCAACCCAGGGCUCCUUAGCAAGGAAGGGUGGGUUACAAAUGUUAAAAAAUAAAUAAAAAUUAAGUAAACAUCUCCAAACAUGAGAGGGCUAGACUGUGGGAGGGGUUCUAAGAUAAUUAACUUUCUACAAUUACAAGCAAGCUUUUGCUUUUUGACAAAAGCCACAGAAGCCAAUAGGUGCUUUGUGUAAUUUGAGAGAGCGAGACGUUUGAACAGGACACCAUUGUUUUCUGUGCUAAUCUGACAAUUAAAAUACAUCUUGGGUUUUUCAAGCAUGCUUUUACCCUGUUUCUCCAAAAAUAAAACGUAGCCAUAAAAUAAGACGUAGCAGGGUUUUUAAGCAUUCGAGGAAUAUAAGCCAUACCCCGAAAAUAAGACAGAGUGAUAGGCGCAGCAGCAAUGCCAACCAUGGCACUAGGAGGAGGAGGAAAAAAAUUAAGACAUCCCCUGAAAAUAAGCCAUAGUGUGUUUUUUUGAGGAAAAAUAAAUAUAAGAUGGUGUCUUAUUUUCGGAGAAACACGGUAGUAACUUGCCAACCCUAAUAAACAGAAACACUAGGGCCAGCUUGGUAACCUGGUAAAUUAAUGUUUAUUGGAGCCAUUUACCCUUUAUGAUACAGUCACAAAUGCUGUUAAAACCAUGUAUCAAACCUCUUUAGUCUAUCCUUUUAAAAGCUGAGAAACGUUGUGUUUUUAACCUAGUUAGACCAGGCAUUCCCAACCUUCAGCCCUCCAGAUGUUUUGGACUACAAUUCCCAUCAUCCAUGACCACUGGGUCCUGUUAGCUAGGGAUCAUGGGAGUUGUAGGCCCAAACAUCUGGAGGGCCAACGGUUGGGGGUACCUGAGUUAGACCUUCACCUUUGCAGAGUAAUUCCAGGCUUGAAACCAAACCAAAAUGGCCAGAACAUUUACAUUCCUGUAAAUUCUGGACGGAUUUUGCUUGCAGGGGGAUAAGAAGCAGGUUUGGCUUAGGAGAUGAGCAAUCUAAACUCUUUGCUACUUUAAGAAAAGUUCCCAUGCAUGUGGUGAGAAGAACAAUAUUGAGACAUUUCGAACCUGGGCCCUGGCAGAGAAGACUACCAUUUUUUUAACAAGCCAAUUUACUUUCAGGAUUCUAUGGGGAAUAAAUUUUAUUUGCCAGGACUUGUGACUAUAAAAUAAAAACAGUUCCCUCUCAAUUCCAAUUCGGAGAAGGCAAUCUGGGCAGAGAAGCUAACUGUGAAGAAAACCAACUGGAACUGAGAAGACAGUUUCGAGAAGUGCAACAGAAAGAAACAAAUUGGGGAAAAGGACUGCAACUUAAAGGAGAGAUCACAAUCCAGAGAAGUAUUAAAACAGCAAAAAUCCCUAGAAGCUACCUACCCACGCUUGCAGGCCUCACUUUCUUCCAAUUUUUGCUUUUGUGGGAUCUCUAAGCCAGGUCUUUGGGAUAUGUGAAUGCGAAUUGGGGAGUACCUUCCCAGAGUCAACUUCCACAAAGCAGAGGACACCUCGUUGUGUAAAUAUUUUGUCAUGUAAUAAAGCUUCUAGCCUUCAGUUUUGGUUUGUAUUUGCAUUUCCUUGCAGAGAUUAAUAAAUAAUA